AUGGAUGGUCUGGAGGCUCAGCCCAAGAACCUAGAGUCGUUGGUUAACAUCCCGUUUCCUAGCACGCUACGAGCUAUGCAAUCCUUUCUCGGGAGCUUGAACUACUACCGUCGCUUCAUUGAGGAUUUCGCGGUGUAUGCCGCGGUGUUGUAUGAGUUAAGAGAAUCGGAUUUCUUCGAGAUCGGCCGAUCUCAGCUUGCAGCAGGAGACGAAUGCUCCAACGAGGGUCGAUGGACGGAAGCCAAGGUUGCUUUCACUAUGCUAAAAGCUAAGAUAGCUACAGCUCCCAUGCUCAAGCAUUUCGACCCAGAUCGGUCCCCCGUAAUCGUGGUCUACGCUAGCAAGUGGGCUGUCUCAGCGGCCCUGAUACAGGAGUACGAUGGCGUGUACCAUGCGGUGACAUUUACUAGCCGCACUUUAAAGCCUAAUGAGCUUAACUACGGAACGGUAGAAAAAGAAGUGCUGGCGCUACUUCGUGUGUUGGAUGUAUGCUAUGCUACGCUUGCCUCGCGGGAGAUCACUGUACUGACCCGACAUUCUACGUUAGCCUGGUUGAUGCAGUCUGGAGGGCUCAACGGGAGAUUAGGACGGUGGGCUGCUUUGUUGUCAAAUUGGACUAUGGAGGUGAAGAAAUGUGAAAGAGGAGAGGAAGAGAUCCUGGGCAUGUUAGCAGCGAGUAUCACUCCGAGAGGAGAAGUGGAAGAGAUGCUGAUUGCGAUCUCCCCACGAAAAAACUGUCGACUCAAAAUAUCGAUGCCUCCUCCAACGGUGGAAGCAGAUGAGGAGUUGCUGGUAGCCAGUUUCGAUGGAUCGGCUAGGAUAAAAAAGAAAGGAGGGUCGUUCAGUGCCGUGAUAUGGAAGUUACCCGAAUGGACGAUCGUGGCGGCCGAAUCGAGAUAUGUUCACGAUCUGACUGUGAACGAAGCUGAGUAUAAUGGCUUGCUACUGUGCUUUGAGUUACUCGCCGGUCUGGAUAGGGGGCGAGUAAUACUGUGUGGAGAUUCCAGUCUGGUGAUUCGACAGAUGCGCGGUGAGAUCGACUGCAAGGCACCGGGCCUUCAGCUUCUGAGACACAAAGCGUUGGAGAAGCUGCAGUCAUGGCCUAGUCACGAGUUUCUGCAUAUGAAGCGAGAUUGGAAUCAGAACGCAGAUCGACUAGCCAGCACAGUAUUGCAGAGCGAAAAGGGAAGAACGGUUGUAGCUGAAGAGGAUCGGCAAGAUCUGAUGACUCUGAACUGUCUCGAUGAAUUGUUGAAGCCCAAGCAAGAUGGUCAGCUAGCUCGGGUAACUGCGAUCGCGAGAUCAGCCAGGAGGAUACGUCAUGGACCUGAAGUUAUACAGGAGGAGAUAGUACAGAGGAUCAGGAUUCGACGAAUUGUCCAAGCUCAAGAUGAGGAGCGUUGGAUUGUCAAUCUCAAGACAUAUCUAAGUGGCGAUGUAUCAAACUUGGAUGCGGUAGAAGUGAAGACGUGCGCCAAACUGGCGCCGGAAUACGAAAUCGAUGAGAACAAUCUGCUAUUUUUUUGCCCCAUGGCGAAAAGAGAGUCGGAAGAUCGCGAUGGUUUGAUGCGGUUGGUGAUACCUGAGACGUUGCAGCAGGAUUUUUUGCAUCACUAUCACACGAGUCUGGAAGGAGGCCAUCAGGGUACUGGCCGAACCUAUCAGAGGAUCAGAUCGCGAUUUCAUUGGAGAGGACUGUGUCGGAGAGUUCAACGAUAUGUGGGCGAAUGUACCGACUGUGAUACCGGGAAAGGAAACCCGAUGAUUCAUGGGAAAUCCCCGGGCAAUCUACACGCAACCUAUCCAUUCCAGAUCAUCGCCAUGGAUCAUAUACCGUCGUUGCCCAAGUCCAUCAAGGGGAACACCGAACUGCUCAUUUAG